AUGUGUUGUCUUGCCCUCGUCGGGUGUGUGGCUAUGGCGUGGUUGGGGUCAGGUAUCGUCGCCUGGCUCGUGUUUACGGUGGUGGUGUGGCUCGUCUACGCCGCCGCCAUCAUGUUGGGGUACAACGGUCUUUUGUGGAGGCUAAUCGCGCCGAUGCUCUUUUGGUUGGUGGUGGUGUCGCUCUUGGGUGCCGUCACCAGUGCCAUUGUCGUUACUGUCGGGGACGUGCCGGCGUUCAGAACCCCCUGGCUUACUCGGUGGCGACAGCAUAUUCUUCAUGGCGUCGACCGGAUAGGCCUAGCUUACCGCUGGCUUGAUCUCAGGUGUCCUGGCGGUAUUGAUGUCUACGUCCGCUGGCUGAUCCCCCUGGGGUAUAUCGGGGUGGUGACGUUUUGCUUUUGCCUAUUUGUCAUUAGGACCGUCCCCUUACUUACGCCGUUGAUUCCAGGGACCAGCUGGCACUGGUACGCGAUCGUGGCGUCGAUGGCGGCGGUGUACGCGGCCACGGCGGUGGCGAUGCUAUCUGAUCCGGGGAUCAUUGACGAUAAACAUGUGGCCAAAUACCCUAACAAUAACCUUAUAUUCUUUGACGGCCGGGUGUGCCAUACGUGUGACGUGGUGAAGCCGGCGCGGUCAAAGCACUGUCGCGUGUGUGGCCACUGUAUCGCCGUCUACGACCACCACUGCCACUGGAUCAAUAACUGUGUCGGCGGCAAUAACUAUCGGUGGUUUCUUGUGUGGCUAUUAGCCAACCAGAAUUUUUUGACCUAUGGGUUCUAUCUUUGUGCCCGGGCCCUUAUAGCGCAACCGCACCCCGACGGCUAUUGGCGGCUUAUCGUCGGCACGACUGAGAGAAAUAAAGUCACGGGGAUGUUUGUCAUCCUCUGUGGCACGUUUUCGGUGGUGCUGGCGGCGUUUUUCCUCCUCCAUCUCCGCUAUAUCUACCUCGGGGUCACCACCAACGAGGCCGACAAAUGGGGCGAUAUCGAGUGGCUCGUGCGGUUGGGGCUCUUGUACCGGGUGACCCCGGGUGUGGGUCGGCUCGGCGAGCGCUACGUCGAGUACAUUGGCGCCGACACCGGGUUUAUCUCGCUUAACGACGAGCAGGUGGUGGUGGCGCCGCACCAAUUUUCGGGAGUACACCUCGAGAAGGUGACGCUGGUCGAGACUCAAUUGGUCAAUAUCUACGACCGAGGCUUCUGGCACAACUUGCGGGAGCGGGUGUGGCAGUGA